AUUCCAUUUGUCUUUAUGUUAUAAUAUGUACGUCAUCCCGAGCUAUAAUUGGCUACAAAUAAUCACCUCUUUUUAAACAAAACAAAAUGUGAAAGAUCCCCCUUUUUUUUUUCGUUUUCCUUCGCUUUUAUAUUUUGAAAAAAGGAAAAAAUUAUGGAUUCUUAUAGAGAUUGUUUAGCUGAUAAUAAUAUGCAGCUUUUACUUCAGCAGAAAUAUCAUAGUUUGGACACGGGAUCGUAUCAUAGCAACAUGUCGACAGACGAUACCGCAAAUAGUUACAAGCCUACAUCAAUCAUGCAAUUUAAUGAACUCACAAAAUCCAAACGUCGACAAGUAAAGAACGCAUGUGUCAAUUGUCAGAAAGCCUGUAAAAAAUGUGACGAUGGAAGACCCUGUCAAAGAUGUAUAAAAUAUAACUUAACAGAAACAUGCCAAGACUCUAUAAGGAAAGAACGUAAAAAAGGUGUUAAAAGAGGCCCUUACAAACGCAUCCACAGUCAACAGAGCCAAGAUAAAACAAGCAAGAAAAUGAUGAAAAGUCGAAAUGUAAACAGAAUUAGCUCUGUUACAGAUAAUGUAGGAAGCUCGGAUGGAGUUUACCCCCAAAAUUCGUCAGUGUUACCUAAGCAUAACAAAUGCAAUCAAACAGAGAACAGUGUUACACCACCACCGCCGCCGCCGCCAAUCGCGAUCUGUUCAUCUCAGAAUACGAUUUCUUCUAGACUCGCUGUGUCGCCCCCAUAUCAUCUCAAUCCAUCCAGCUCCAUGGCUUGCAAUAACACCAACGCUAAUAUAAUUAACGAUUACUCGUUUACUAAAAUAGACAACUAUGGUUUUAAUCUAAUGCCGUCCCCAACAAAUCAAAGUUUAACAAUGACAAGUAAUAGUUCUUCACCCCAGCAACACAACCUAUCCGGGUCGCUUGAAACCAAUUAUUUAGAUAUGUUUUCCUUUUACAACAAUGUUAUUCAACAUGAGCAAAACGACCCUAGUAUAUAUCGCACUCCUAGCAAUUCGCCUGCCACGUAUUCUGCCGGUAAUUCCGAAUUGGUGAUAGAUUUUCCUUGGACUCAGCCACCUUUGUCCAAAAGCAUAUUUCAAAAUAGCUUUCAUAGUUAAUAAACUCCUGUAUUAAAAAUUAAAAAGCAAGAAAGUAAUCUCUAUUUUUCCUACGCAAGGCAUUUUUUUUUUGUUAAUCCCACGAAUCCCGAGACCAAAUACUACAUAAUUAAAACUGUGAAGAAAGUAGCCAACGUAUAUUAGUUUGAUGUUAAGUAAGUAUUAACAUAUAUAUCGUA